GCUAAGCAUCGUGUGUUACUCACUGGUGAAACGUUUUUUCAGUGCUGUGUACGUGCUGAAGAUAAAUUUAUAUACUUUAAACUAAUUAAAAUCGUCGUUUAAAAGAUAAAUCCUCAAACGUUGUGGCAGGUGCAGGCGAUUCCUUCCGAGAACAACACGAAAUUUUGCUUUCUUUACCACAUUUCAGCGGUGAGAUUCCGUUCGGUUUUGGUAAACGUCAAAGUGAGGUUAAGCAGAGCGCGGAGGUAAACACCGUCGACAGGCGCGUGUGUUUACAAAUUUGUUGGUGUCGGCAGCAACUUGUCAAAUCGGUAGAUCGCAACCGACACAGACUACACGGUAAAGGUUAAGUCACCGUAAGCUCUCGAAAAGCGUCGGGCAUACGUCGUACGGGGCACUUCUGCUUUCGAUUGGUAAUGUACGCACGGACAGUUGUGUGGUGUGUCAUCUAGUAGCAAGUGUUUUAACGUUAGCGUGCACACGAUGGCACAGGAGGCAGCGAGUGGUAACGAGCUAACGCGCAUCUUCGCACAAUGGGAGGAACAACAUUCCACACCCGGCUACGAUCCGGAACCGAUGGUAACCCGGCUGGCGGAGAUGUUCGAGACCGAAACGGAAGCGUACAAAAUGAAAGAUCCGGAUCCGUUCGACGAGCGACAUCCAUCGCGCACCGAUCCGAAUUGCGAGCUGGGUCGGAUGCUCAAGGCGCUCUUCCGCAAGGACUCCUUCAUGACGCGGCUGGUGAAUGACUACAUGCUAGACAACUUUUUCACCCGCCAGCGGAUACAGCAGAGCUCAUUCGCGCUGAAUGUGGCCGCCUCGCGGUUGAUUUUGGUCAUCAUGCCGGGUCUCGACACGGCUGCCGUCUUCCAGCACGAUAACAAUACACACAACCAGCUAAUUAGGCGCCUUUACAACUGGGCGGAAACGAGCGAGGAACCGUUGAAAAGUUACGCCACCGGGUUGCUGGGUGCGGCAAUGGAGGUACAGGACAUAGCGGUUAGCUUUCGGGAGCAGAACGUUCGGCUGAUGCCGAUAAUGUUGAACCGGUUACGUGUGCUACAUCAUCAGUUUAAGUACCGUGGGCAGCAGUCAGUGUUUAUGCCCCCACAGGUUAUGGAACGAGUAGUUGCUACCCCAGAGCAGGAUAGGCCCGAAGCAGUACCGGAGCAAGAGGAAGAGGAGGAGGAGGAGGAUGAGAUGCCUGCUGCGAUAGAUCUACGUUUGGCAAUUAGGGAAAACGAACCGAUUACACCAACAGAAGAAUCAAAUCGGAUCGAAGCGGAGCCAAUGGAGGAAGAUACCGCUGGUCCGGAGUUGAAAAAUCAACCCGAAAAUUCCAUGUGUGAAGAAGGGCAGUCGGAAGUAGACCAGCCGGAGGUGGAGCAGCCGGAGGUGGACCAUCCGGAGAUGGACCAGCCGGAGGUGGCUCAGCCGGCAGUUACCGAGCCGGAAGUAGAACCGAGACGCAGUGCGGGACCUCGGCUUAUGAUCCCCAUCCAUCCCGUGUCGUCCGAAACGAGCCAAAUGUUGAUCCUGGGGUACCUGACGCCGAUGGGCGAGUAUCAGGAGUUCCUGCCGCACAUAUUCGAGCACAACGUGAUGCAGCUAAUCUUCAGCUACAUCGAAGACAUCGACUCGAAGGACACCUGCCUGGCGUUCGAGGCGCUCAAGUACCUAGCAUCGCUGCUGUGUCACAAAAAGUUUUCCAUCGAGUUCAUCACCAACGGGGGGCUGGAGCGGCUGCUGAAAAUACCUCGGCCAAGCCUUGCCUCGACGGGCGUCUCCGUUGCUUUCUACUACCUCGCCUACUGCGAGGAUGCGAUGGAGCGCAUUUGCUUGAUGCCACGCGAUAUCAUCACCGAGAUGGUGGCCUAUGCGCUCUGGCUGCUCGCCUGCCCGCACGAUUCCGGCCGCUGCCACGCGACCAUGUUCUUCGGCCUGAGCUGUCAGUUCAAAACGAUCCUGGACGAGUUCGACAAGCAGGACGGGCUGCGCAAGCUUUACAACGUCAUCUCGGUGCUGCCGAUAUUGAGCAACUCGGACGAGUUCGAGAUUAACGACGACGAGGAGGCGUCCGAGCGUCAGGUCGUGCGUCACGUUUGCGUCGCGCUGAAGAAGUACUUCGAAAACCAUCUUUACUACAAGUACGUGCAGGUGACGCGCCAGCAGGCACCGUCCGGUGUGAUGGCGGUGCCGGUGUUUAAGGCGGCCAAAAAUACUCCGGAGGUAAUCAGCCAACAGAUUACGGCCUUGCAGGAGCUGCUGCCGAUGAAGGCGCAUUGGGCGCCGGUAGAUGAGCUGCUCAAGCUAGGCGGCAUCAAUUUGCUUCUACGGGUCGUUUACAUAACCUACGAAUGGAACUACAAUGGACGUGGUGAUACGGUACGUUUUGCACUGGAUGUGCUGAACGUGUGCUGCGUAUUACCGCGCGUCCAUCACACGUUCACCGAGCGAGUCAAGUUCCCGGAUGGGGCGUCCGCGGCCGGAGUGAACAUUGUGCUCGGUGCAGCGGAAGGAGAAAUCGUAGCCGACGCCGAGGUCCAGAAGUCUGCCCUAGCCGUCCUGGUGCACCUGGUCUGUGCGCCGAUUCACCGCCCGGGGGGGUCUCUAGCGCGGUACGGGUCCGCCAAGAAACGCAUGCCGAACAAGAGCUCCGAAGAGCUGAUCCAGAAGGUGUGGGAGAGCGUUCGCUCGAACAACGGCAUCAUCGUGCUGCUGGCACUGAUGUGCGUUAAAACGCCGAUCACCGAUGCGGACUGCAUCCGUGGGAUGGCGUGCCGUGCGCUGGCUGGUCUGGCACGCUCCGACACCGUGCGACAGAUCGUCGGAAAGCUGCCACUGUUCGUUCAUGGCCAGUUGCAGAGUUUGAUGCGUGAUCCUAUUCUUCAGGAGAAGCGCGUCGAGCACGUGCAGUUCCAGAAGUACGCACUCGAGCUGAUGGAGCGUGUCUCGGGGAAGGCGGACUCGUUCAACAAUCAGCUGGACACCUCCCUGGCGGACAUCCACAAGGCGAACGUGGUCGCCCAAACGCGCAUUCAGUUCAACGAUCAGCAGUUGUAUCAGCUUAUCUAUCAGCAUCUCGCUUCGCGUGGGCUAACUGAAACGGCCAGCCAGUUGCUGAAAGAAACUGGCCUUAGUGCGUCGUUGAUGCAACAGAAUUCCCUAAACCACCAGAAUCACCAAGGAGGAUCGUCUCUGUCACGCUCGACGGUGGCAUUGCAUUCACCAUUUGUCUUUCGCUCGCCAAACACCAGUAUCGUUCAGCGAUCGCGUAUCCGAAGCCGCACGGUAGAUCCGUCAUUCAAUGUUUCCACGGCGCAGGCAAAUCUACAGGCAGCACUGGCGGCCACGAGUAUAGAAACGCCAAGUCAGGCGGUUCCCAUCGCCAACGGAACGGAAGGCAGUCAGACGGAUAUGGCAACAGUCAACAUGGUCAACUGCGCCACAGAGAUUCCACCCGAGAUCGAAGCUUCACCGGCAGAGCUUCCACCGAUAAAGUUGAUCAAAAAAAGUGGCCCAUCGCUGGCAGUCGCUGGAAAUGGGCUUUCCGCGACGCCCUUCUCCUCCUCGUCGUUGACGGCCGACUCGAAUCGAUCUGCCGCAUCCAGCACGACCUCACAGCGCUCACUUCAGAAGCAAAUAUCCGCCACGGACGCCACGAACUUCCUGCUCCUAGCGACCAGCAACGCGAAGGCGAUCCCGGCGGAACCUACUCCGCCGACCAACAAUAUCACGCUGCACACGAUCAUCACCGAGUACCUCACGAACCAGCACGCACUGUGCAAGAACCCGAUGUCCACCUGCCCGCCGUUCGAUCUGUUCCAGCCGCACAAGUGUCCCGACCCGCGACCCCACCGGUCGUCCGGGAUAAGCAACAACUUCGCCGCCCGCUUCUACCGCCGACAAACCGGGUACGCGUCGCGGCGCUUCGACCGUCGGCUGGUGCACUCUACCUUCCACUCGUCGCGUGUCAUCCGCCCGCAAGAGAUAGAUUAUUGCUUUACCACCUGUGAUUUUACGCCUUGCGGGACCAAACUGUUCAUCGGUUCGCAAGCGGGCGAGGUUUUCAUAUACAACGUCAACGACCCGAUCGCGGAGACCUCCUACAGUUGCCACGAGUCGGCGAUCACGUCCAUGAAGUGUAGCAAGAAUGGUCGGCUGCUGUUAACGACGGGUGCCUGGCGGUUCCCGAUGUCUGCACUGUGGGACAUCAACGGUAAUCAGUUCACGCAGAAGCUCCACUGGGAGGAGGAAGAUUAUCUGGAGUUUGCGAACCUCUCGCAGGAUAAGGUCCUGGCCACGAUUAAUGAGGUUGCAACCAUCUACGACAUAAAUACGGGUCAGAAGGUAAUGAAGUUCGAGCCGGUCAACUGCAAUCAGUACGCGAAAAACCGGGCCACUUUCUGCCCGACCGACGAGCUCAUCCUUUCCGAUGGCGUCCUGUGGGAUGCGACGUCCGGCAAGGAGAUCCACAAGUUCGACAAGCUCAACCAAACCAUCUCCGGCGUGUUUCACCCGAACGGGCUCGAGAUCGUGUCCAACACGGAGGUGUGGGAUCUGCGCACGUUCCACCUGCUCCGUACGGUGCUACCGCUCGAUCAGUCGCACGUGAAGUUUUCGCCCCAGAACGUCCUGUACGGCAUCCGGCUGGAGACGAACAGCACGGAGGAUAUGGAAAACUGUACGUACGAGACGAGCUUCAAGGUGCUGGACAGCUACGACUACUCGAGCAUCGCGACGAUCGACGUGAAGCGCAACAUCUACGACCUGGCGAUCAACGAAUACGGCAGCCAGAUCGCGGUCGUGGAGAACCCGGGCAGCUUCAACAACACGGUGCAGGAGUCGACGGUGCGAAUCUACAGCGUUGGCCGGAAGCGCCCGAUCGAGGACGAGCAGGAUGAUGAGGAAGAGGAGAUGAACUCGGAUGAAAAUUCCAUAUCGGAAACGGAAUCUGUUGGUUCUUCCGCAUCGAACAGCGAUGAUGACGCAGACGACGACGAGGAUAACGACGACGAGGAAGGCGAUGGUGAUAACAACAAUGAAGAUGGAGACGAUGAUGACGACGACGAUGACGACGAUGAUGAGGAGAAUGAGGACGGUGGUGGUGAUGAUUCCGAUGAUUCGUCCUGGACGACGGCAUCGGAUAUAGAAGAUUUUCUUUUAGGCUUUCAAAGGCGCUAAACGAAGUUACAAAACAAAACACACAGCUGCUGGAACAAACCCUUUACACCACAAGCCCAUCCCCUUUCUCCAGCGGUGGCAUAUUGCAGAAAUGGCUUGUGCCUUUGGGAAGCUGCACACCGCAUCUUAGCUUGCGACUGCCAUUAAAUCUCCUCGCUCCAUCCGUGUUGUACCAUUCGGUUGUUAAUCAGGCCUUGCGUCAACUGUUCGAAGUCAGCGGAUAAGAAUAUUUGCAGAGCAUCACUUCGAAUACGCCUUGCCGAGAUAGCAAGUAAUAUGGAGAAGAUUGUAGCGUAAUGUGUAUUGUCGCAAAAUGGAGGAUCGGGGAGCGUGCGCUGGCAUAGACCAAGUUGCUUGUCAGCUUAAGUUAAUCUUAUUUCAGAUCUAAUUUGAAAAAGUAAAAAUGAAAAUCGAUAUCAAUUUUCAUGGCAUUCGAAUGCGAAUUAAUCCAACUCCAUCUGCAUAUUGUUUGAGUGUUUCCCUCCCUAAAAAAAUGUCUUGUUUCUUUUCGUAUCCACACAUAAGGAACUAUUUGUUUGUUUCGGGCCAUUGCAUAAUGCAGCCGAUGAUAUUUCUAUCGAAUUAUUUAUAACCACAAGCGGAUUGUACAACUUUCCUUUCCACCGUCAAAACUAACAAACGCCACUCGAGCGCUGAAAGCAUCGCGGUCAUCGGGAGCAGUCCAUUAUUGCAGAGCCUUGCGGAAGAUUGUAGGGUUGAGCUAUAGUAGUAGCGCGAUUCGAGGCUUCAAUCAACGCGAAGUAAUGUUUUAUAUUUAUAAGUAGGAUUUUUAAAAGAAUAAAUGCGGAUGCGGAUGCUAUAA